UGUAGCCAGCCGCAUUACACAAAAGUAAUGCGAAUAGUGUAGCCUAUGCCUCAUGACAAAGUUACUGUGCGUGAUUUAGAAGUAUAAACUAGCUCACUUCCUUCUGGUAAUUUGCAGAGGUGGCGGAAGUGCGUCAGUUAUCUCGGCUCUCUGAGGCUUUUACUGCACACUAAUUUCAGAUGUAGGGAAAAGAGGGGAGAGGAGAUUUUAAUCACUCAGCCGCUUUAAGGACACUUAUCAAAGCUUUGCAUUAUGUGAAAACGAAAAAUACGACGAGACACGAGUAACUGAACAACCAAGGACGGAAUUCAAGAGUGGAUUUAUAACUUACGCGGGCCUGGAAUAGCCGAUGCCUUUGGCUUAUGGGGUUUGAUCAUAUGCAGUGGAUGGUCGUAUGCUGAAGUAGCUAAACGGAGGAUCAUUUUGAAAAUAUUGCGCAUAAGUAGCGAAAGACUUGGAAAUCCCUGCCCUCGUAGCUUUUAUCGCGCAAAGGUUUACCCUACGGCGGAACUUGUCAGAGGAAUAUGGUUAACCGUUGAAACUCGCCAAUGCAGAGAGGAUUAUCCAGUUAUGUAUUAUCUCAUACAUAAUUGUUAAUUAAGCACCUAAUACGCAUUUUGACGAAUGUUAUCUAUAGUCCUUUUUUGACAGCGGAUCAUGGAUUGGGUAGUGGAAAACAACGGGCAGCGACAUUAUUUCUCUGCGCUGUCUGUGGUAUGCAGCUAUUAACAUUGUGUUUUUCCAAUGCAACAAAGUUGCAAAGCAAGUGGAAUGCAUACAUUUGAAGUAUUUCGCCGUUUUACACCUGCUUAUGUAAAGAACGCGUCGACCUUAUAGUAUCGGAUCGCUUCAAAUACGUGAGGAUUUGCGUUCCUUCUUCCUCGCCUGCAUGGAAUAUUUUAACAUUUGUUUAUUGUAUUCGGGAGAAAUAUUCAAGGUCAUUCCGUGAAUCUUAUUAUAUAUAUGUAUUAUUUAUACAUGCGUAUCUCCUCGUGAUAGCACAAUAGUAUCUUAUUUCGCACAGGGAAUCCGCUUUACGUUAGGCGCUCUAGAGUGAUUUUGUCAUUGCAACAUUUUUAAAAUGGAUGGAAAAUUGAAGCAGAGCCGGAGAUCCCGUUCCAAACGUGAGAGGGUACGGAGACGGGAGGCAGUGGGCAGGGAUGCCCGCAGUCCAAACCCUUCAUCUUGUUCAGAUAGGGAGCAAAGUCCUGGGAGGGAUCUCGCCUCCCAGAAUGGUAAAAAGGUUCCACACUCGACACCUUCUUCCAGAGCCUCACGUCCCCCUCGUCGAAAGAGACGAGAGUCCAGUUCUCAAGAAGAGGAUAUCAUUGAUGGAUUUGCCAUUGCCAGUUUCGUCAGCCUGGACUGUCUGGAGAAGAAGACUGGGGCCCUGAAGUCUCAGGUGGAUAAGAAGAAGGAGAAGGAGAGGUGGAGAGAGGAGAAGAAGAAGGAGAAGGAGAGGUGGAGAGAGGAGAAACAGCAGCAGGAGACGGUGGUGAAGAGACAGAAGGAGGAGAAUGAGGAGGAGGAGAAUGUCAUGCCCCUGUCCCUAGACCCCCUGGAGAACGGCUUCAUCAACCACGCCCAGAGAGAGCAGGAGAGGAUGAACGACAGGCUGCUGAAGAAAACCUACUCCAAGAAGAACAAACAGACCAAGGCCCUGCAGGUGCGCCCGGUGAGGCUGGAUGAGGAUGAGGCCAUGCAGGAGAUCAACAGACCCAACAGGAGCACAUCUAAAGCGCACCUCAGUGAGAGCUCCACUCACUCGCUGUCAGGCCGGGGCUACUCGUUCACUUCUUUAAAAAGAGGCGAGCCCUCGUUUGGGAGACAUGAGUGUGACAGCGAGAGUGACGUUGAUGACAAGGUAUCUGAAGUAGGAUCCGAGAAACUCUUCUCCCCCACUACACCCGAAGGUGUGACGACGAAUGAGAAUCCAGAGUCCAAGGCUGUCAGCUCGGCCAAAGUAUCAGGGCUCCAGCGUAGCCAGGAGCAGAGUAACGAGGUGUCCUUCACCCCGCGUGUGUCCAGCCCCACCCCGGCCUCCCCGCCUACGGGCUCCCCUGCCCCCUCUGCCACCGCGGCAGCCCCCCCUCAGCCCCUCCCAAGGGUGCGGCUCUCCUCCCCGCCCCCCCUCCUCAUCAAGAGAGAGUCAGACCGGGCGCUGCCCAUCCCCACCCCUCCCCUGCUUAGGGCCCGGCCCAACUCUCUCCAGGAGCACCGGGUCCCUGUUUCGCUCCCUCUCCCCCAGCACCAACACCACGCCAGGCCUCUCAUCAGCCACCAACAUCACCAGCAUCACCCACUGCAGUACAACAGCCUGCACGACAUCAGUCACAGCGGCAGCAGCGCAGGCCUCCCCAAACACCACCACCUGCCCCCCUCACCACACCACCUGAGCAGCCUCCCCUCCUCCACCCCGGCCCUGCCUCUGUCCAUAGCCAACCUCUCUACCUCGCACUAUUCCUCCCUGCGAAGCCCGGCCCAUCGCCAUCCGGCCAUGUUCGCAACCCCCGCCACACUGCCGCCACCUCCGACCUUACCCACUAACAGUCUUGUGGUCCCUGGGCACCCUGCUGGCACCCCCUACCCAGAGCUUGACCUCCUGCGGCAGGAGCUGAACAACCGCUUCCUGGUUCAGAGUUCAGAGGGGUGGAGCCGGGGGCCGUCCUCCGCGGGGUCCCCGCUGGCCCCUGUGUCACUCCUGAGGGGAGAGUUUCACCAACACCAGCACAUGCAUCAGCACCAACACACCCACCAGCACACCUUCACGCCCUUCCCGCCCAGUCUGCCCCCGGCCACCAUCAUUCCUCCGCCCACCGCACCCCCCAUGGUGCGUACCCCAGCCAGAAAUUUCGACAAAUACGCUCCAAAACUGGACAAUCCAUUCAUUAGACAUUCAAAUUUCUUCCCCUCCUACCCCCCCACAAUGCCAGGCAUGCCCCCGCUGCUCCCACACUCAGGACCCUUCAGUUCACUGCAAGGAGCCUUCCAGCCCAAGUCCUCUAACCCCAUAGACGUAGCAUCCCGUUCGGGGGCAGUACCUCACACACUCCUACAGAAGGACCCACGGGUAUCGGAUCCUUUCAGGACAGCAGUUAGAAAACCUGGCAAGUGGUGUGCGGUGCACGUCCAGAUCGCCUGGCAGAUUUACCACCAUCAGCAGAAGAUGAAGCAGAUGCAGGUGGACCCUCACAAACUGGACAUGAAUGGAAAGCUGGACCUGUUCAGUCGUCCCCCUGCCCCAGGGGUGUUUCCUGGGUUUCCCUACACCCACGACUUGGCACGACCCAUGUUCUCCUCCACAGGUUCUGGCCAUCCGGCCGCCUCCCCGUACGGCCCCUCCCCCCACCACAGCGGCUUCCUGCCUCCCAGCCACUUGGCAGAUCCUUUCAGUCGCUCCAGUACCUUUGGCGGCCUCGGCAACCUUUCAACCAGUGCCUUCGGAGGAUUAGGCAACCCCUCGCUUGGCUCCAACAGUGUCUUUGGCCAUAAAGAGGGCCCAGGGGGCCUGCCAGGCUUCAGCAGCCCUCACCAUGACACCUGGAACAGGCUCCACCGGACCCCACCCUCCUUCCCCACCCCUCCACAGUGGCCCAAGUCUGCAGACACGGAGCGCAGCAACUCAGCAAACAGCCACGAGCGUGAACGAGAACGAGAGAGGGAACGGGAACGGGAGAGGGAGAGAGAACAGGAGAAAAGGGAUUCAUCCAUCAGCAAAGAGGAUAAGGAUAAAGACAGAGAUUCGAUUGACCGUAACCGUCACUCCAACCGUUCGUCCCCUGCAUCGGCCCCAACCAGCUACCAGAUCAGUAGCCUGAUGCGCUCUAACAGCCAGAACUCCAGCGACUCGGGUCGCCACCACAGCGGCAGCGUGGACCGGGUACGGGAGGCAGAGAAGGAGCUCCCGGAGCGCCACCGAGAGGUGGCCAUAGUGGGGGAGGUCAAGGUCAAGGAGAGCCGCUCCCCUGGAGGAGGGAAGGAGGUGACAGACAGAGACAGACGCUCCUCAGAAGACUCCAACAAACCAGCCCACCGCACCCCAUCCCCCUACUCCAAGGCUGUCCUAUCUGAGACAGGCAUGAAAAUGGCUGGUGGCCCCCCACCCACGCUACUCAAGGAUGGGGACAGGGACAGGAAGGAGGUUCGUCCUUCCUCUGGGGGGGACCUGCUGCUGCACAAGGUGAAGAACGACAUGAAGAUCAAGGAGGAGCGCAAGGAGGACCAGGAUGUGGUGGUGGUGAGCUCCGAGCCUGGCCCUCAGCCUGCUCCUCCUCCUCAGCCUCUACCUCCUCCACCUCCCCAGCCUGGUCACCACCACCACCACCACCACCACCCUCCUCUGUCCCAGCAGCCCCCGCCCCCCUCUCCACGCUGCAGUGAAAUGCCCACCCACGGCUCCCUGCACGGGGUGCACAUGGCCCACUCCUUGCCCCUCUCCAUGAGCGCCAUGCACCAGAUGGGCAGUCUCAACGUGCUAGACCGGGCUCGCAUGGCUCCAUUUAUGGGGGUCAGCCCCCUGGCUGCUGCUGCAGGGAGGGACCGGAUGCCCCACCAAGCCUUCCCCUGGGACCCACUGAGGGAGGCCUACCGCAACAUGGACCUGCAGCGCAGGAUGGACUUCCAUCUGAGGGCGGAGCAGGCCCAGCGCUUCCCCAGCAUAUACGAGCAGGAGCGGGCCUACCGGGAGAGAGAGGCCCACGACUACUCCCACCACGAGCACCUGCUGGAGGUACGGCGGGAGCACGAGAGGAUGAGGCAACAGGCAGAGGAAAGAGAGCGCCAGCACCUGAGGGAGGAGCUGGACCGAGCGCGGCUUCACCAGCUGCACCAGUCCCCCAUGGAGGGACACCUGCCACACAUGCCCCCCUUCAUGCCCCACCUGGGCGGCAUGCCCUACCCCAGACUCAGCCCCUCCACUGGACACAAUGGCCUGCUGAACCGGACGCCCCCCACCGCCGCACUUAGCGCCCCCCCUCCACUAGUGGCAGCAGGGAGCGCCAGACCAGCCUCCCCCAGAAGGACUACCCCCCUCACCACCCAGGACCCCCGAGAUUACUCCCCCUCCCGCAACCCCAAAGAAGUGGAGGCACGGUAGCUUUACAUACAGACAAAGGACAUGGAUGCUUAAAAAGACUCACUCCCCAAUUUGGAACCUUCUAGAGCGAACAAAAUGCACUGCUUUACAAUGGAGAAAGGCAUUAGUAAACGAGGAAACAGUAUGAUUGUACAAAGGAAAGAUUUGUAAGGUUGAAGAAGCACAUGCCAUGAUUUUAUUUGACAUGGACAGGCUGAUGAGAAUGUUGGUUAGAAGAACACGAAUCAAAAAGUAUGUGUACGUUUGUUUCCGACAUAAAAUUUGAUAUUAAUAUAUUAAUCUAAAACCUUUUUCGAUUUUGAGCGAAAAGUGAGAUUCUGAUUAAAAUGAGUUUGUACAUUUCCUAUCCUUGUUCCAUGUAUAGACAUCAUUUUUAUGAAUUUGUAUUUUGUGCGUUAGUCUCUUAUUUUCAAUAUCCCAGUCCAUUGUGAGACAUAUGAAAGAUGAUGCUCCACAGUACAGACUGGACUUUUUACCCUUACAACAGUAAUAUAACCUCAUGGUACAUGGAAAUACUCAUUUGCAUUUUAUUUGCUUUGCCUUUGAGAUAUGCAGACAAAUAUAUAUUACGAGGUCUUUGUUCGGUCUCUGUAAAGAAAAUUCAUGUAAAUAUCUUGUUGAUAUUCCUUGCAGCAAAAUUACAAUGUAAAUUUAUUAGGCUUUUUAAAUGUUUCUAGAAAAACAAAUUAAAUCAAAACUGAACCACUUGCCGGUUGGAAACCAUGGUAACAGACGAUCCUGUCCAAUGGGAGGGAAGGAGGGCGGGCAUCAGAAGGGGGCUGGAAUGAUCAUCUGCAAUCUAUGCAAAGAGGCGCUGAGCACCCCGAUGGAGAGCCACCUGGAAUGGAAUGGACACUGUUGGAUAAUGUUGAUUCAGUGAGAGGAACUUGGAAUAACUCAACAUGUUUCUUUUCCCAAUGAUGGCCAUGGAAUUAUAAACCUACAGACUUCCCCGUUACAGAGAAACUGUACCAGAAGCUUACAUGCAGCCCCAGUAAAAUGAAUUGACAGCAAAGGAAGACACUUUUGAUUGGCCGGCAAUAGGACUUUCUCUGUCGACCGUUGUGGUGUUGUGCAGUUGUUGUUUUUUAGACUUGUAUACAAAACAAGUAGAGUUUUAGGCGUGCAAAAAAAAUGAAAACGAACAUUCAUGAUUUAAAAUUGUACGGAAUAAAGUUUGGACCUAAUAUCUGCA